AUGGACGAAUUGAGUAACAGCCACCGCCGCCACCUGCAAUCGGAAUUAGGGGAAGAAGACGACUACCUGAGUAAUCUCCCGGACGAGCUUCUCCGCCACAUCCUCUCCUUCCUCCCCACCCUCGACUCCAUCCGCACCUCCGUUCUCUCCCGCAGAUGGCGUCACGUCUGGACUUGCGUUCCCGUCAUCGACUUCUCCGACUUCGAACUAGAACCCAGCAUCAUGAAGCGCUUCAUGGCUUCCCUCGGCGCAGGUGAAUCUGUUUCUCGUCUUCACCUCACCGGAGACAGCAUUGAUGAUGAAACUCCCGUCUAUGACUCAGUCAAAUAUGCCAAAUCUCACGAUGCCCGGCACGUGUCUCUCCUCCGGUUCCUCUUCGAGCAUUGCCGCCAUCCUCUUUUCGACCUUCUGUUCGAUUGGCCAUCGCUCGAGUCGCUGAAUCUGCAAGUCAUCUACUUUACGAGUAUCACAUUAUCCAAAUGCAUCUUCAGAUUGAGCAAUCUCAAGACGCUUUCCCUCUCACUCCCUGAAAUCACAAUUCGAAACGAGGGCUUGGCGAAGCUACUCUCCGGCUGCCCUGUUUUGGAAGAACUAUUAUUAACUGUAAAAUAUCACUGGGGCGAACUCAUUCAAAUAGAAGCUCCAAAUCUUCUCCGAUUGACUCUGAUUCCUACUCCAUGGAAGCUUCAAAUCAAUUGUCAGAAACUCGAAUAUCUAAGGCUAAAGCCCUAUUUCAAUUUGAUGUACUUGCAUGUCCAAGCACCCUCCUUGAUCUCUGUUGCAUUAUACAGUAUUUGGCGCUUUAGAACAUUUGCUCAGGCGGUAUGCGAUGUCACUGCGGUAACACUAACUGUGUCGGCUGAAUGUCUUCCAGGCACGACUCCUAAAUUCCAGACACGACUCCUAGAUUCCUGGUACGUUAAGGCCGUCGUCCAAGGAUUUCCCAUCUUUCACAGACUGCUCAAGUUGAAGAUCAAGAUGGAUGUCGCGGAUCAAUUCAGCCUGGACACCGUAUCUGAUCUUCUUCGAUGCACACCGAAUCUGCAGUCGCUCGUUUUAACCGAGUGCGAAAAGCUACCGUGUUGUGAGGAUUUGGAAGAGUGGGGGUGUUCAUCAUCAAGGUUUAAUGGUGGGCCCUUUGAGGAUUUGGAAAGACUGUUGAGAAAUACCAACAGUGAAGAACUUCGAUCCGUGAUUCUGAAGACGCUAUCAGAGACAGUGCCAGCAUGGGUGAUUAAUGAGCCCUUUGAGGAUUUGGAAAGGAUCUCCGUGAAUAUCAAGAGUGAACUUAGAUCUGCAUUUAUGAAGAUGUUAUCAGAGGGAGUUUCAGCAUGGGAGAGUUCAUUAUCAAGGGUUAAUGAGCCCUUAGAGCAUUUGGAAAGGAUCUCGGUGAAUAUCAAGACGUCAGAAGCAGAAGAAUGGAUCAGCGGCAGCAGCAGCAUGGAGUCCGGCCCCUUCGAGUCUUUUAUCGGUCAAUUGAUGUCCACGGCGAACGAGCAACGCUCCUACACUGAGAGGCUCUUUGAGCUCUACCGCGAACGCCACCCGGACGCCCUCGCCCUAAAGCUCGCUGCCGUCCUCCAAGCCUCUUAG